GGGUUCCUUCUCUCUCUCUCUGUCUCUCUCAUUCAUAUAAUUACUUGGGACCAGCUUCCUUGAAUUGGGCAUUAAUAGCUUAGCUUGUCUUGGAGUUACAUGCCUUCAUAAGUGUCUGUUGGCAUUCGAAUUCAUGAGUAAGAUUUGAGACGAGGUUGCAGUUUAUAAGGAGCUUUCAGUGCCGAAGAUGGUGGAGAAUUGACUUUGAGCUUCUCAGAGACUCCGCUAUAGUUGUAAGCUCAUUCAUGAGGCGGAGUUGCUCUGAGCUACAUGUAGAAGCAAGAUGAUUGAGCAAUUCAUCAAUUUCGUUAUUCGACCUCCCAGGGCGGAGUAUAACCCAGAUCAGUACCUUUGGGAAAAGGAAUUCUCACUUGCAGGUAGAACAUACCAAAGGCAGGAUUUGGAGCUCAAGAAUUCCAGAGGCUAUACCUUGAAGUGUAGUCAUUAUCUCCCUUCUCCUUUCCCUGAAGAUACUUCUCUUCCUUGUGUUAUAUAUUGCCAUGGAAACAGUGGAUGUAGGGCAGAUGCUAAUGAAGCUGCUGUAAUUCUUCUUCCAUCAAAUAUUACUGUUUUUGCGCUUGACUUCUCGGGGUCAGGCUUAUCUGAUGGAGACUAUGUUAGCCUUGGUUGGCAUGAAAAAGAUGAUCUCAAGAUGGUGGUGUCGCAUUUGAGACACAACAAACAAAUAUCCCGUAUAGGUCUCUGGGGACGAUCAAUGGGUGCAGUUACUAGCCUUCUUUAUGGAGCUGAAGACCCUUCUAUUGCUGGAAUGGUAUUGGAUAGUGCCUUUUCAAACUUAUAUGAUCUCAUGAUGGAGCUUGUGGAUGUUUAUAAAAUUCGACUUCCAAAGUUCACGGUUAAAAUGGCUGUACAAUACAUGCGGCGGGUUAUUGAGAAAAAGGCAAAGUUCGAUAUUAUGAAUCUGAACUGUUUGCUGGUUGCGCCGAAGACAUUCAUUCCUGUUUUAUUUGGACAUGCAAGUGAUGACAAAUUCAUUCAGCCCCGCCACUCUGAUCUCAUCUCUGGAUCCUAUGCAGGUGAUAAAAAUAUCAUAAAAUUUGAUGGUGACCACAAUUCCUCUCGACCACAGUUCUUUUAUGAUUCAGUUUCCAUUUUCUUCUACAAUGUCCUCCAUCCUCCUCAUGUUUCUAGAGCUCACAAGCUUGAGAAAUAUUAUGAUUUGGGGGAUUUGAAACUUGGUUCUGGUGUGGAUGAGAGCCUAGUAUAUGAGAUUCUCACUAGUCUGCGGUCUGCAACUACUGAUGCUGCUAGUUCAUCUUCUGCGCUUCCAACAAUUUCCCCCACAAAAUCAGUUAGCGAACUUCUUUCAGAAAUUGCACCAGUGACUGAUGUAGAGUCCAUGGUUAAAGAAGAUGCUACGAAUGGAAAUGAUGAAACUGGCCAUGAUGAACCCACAGAUGUGCAGGAUAAGCUAAAUGGCCAGAUUGAAGAUUGUUGCUCGUAUACAAGCUCAAAUAGAGAAAGCUGGGGCAGAUGUUCUUCUUUAGGAGGCAGUGAUGAAGAAUCUUCUGCAGAUUUAAAGGCUGAUGAUAACCUCUUUCAGUUUCAGAAUACUGUCAAGGUGUUUGGAACACCUAUGCGAAGAAGCAUGAAAGAAAAAUCGUCAGACCCAAAAGAAGAAGACGACAAGAAGCAUAAGAAAAAUAAGAAGAAAAAGAAGAAGAAGAAAGCUGAAACCGUUGCAAAGAAACCUAAGAGUGACAGAUUUGAGAAGCUGGAGGCUCUCAGCAGACGCCUGCGGCUGUGUCUUCUAAAGGGAUCAACCCAUCGAAGACAAAGAUCCUCUUGAGUCUUAGACCUCUUUUGUAUCAUAGUUCAUCUAAUUGUAAUGUUUUUUACAACAUCAAUAGAAAUACUAUUUUAAGUAGUCCAUGAAAUUCAACCUUGUUUGUAGGUUCUUUCUGAACAGUGGGUUUUAUUUUAGGAUU